GACACAGACAUCGCUACAGGGGAAGGGGAGGGAAGGGGGCAAGGCGACACGCAGCGACACUCGGAGGGAGAGGCGACAGACAGCACAGAGUGACAUGCAAGCAGCCGACGAGGGAGCCUGCAUCCCUAAGAUCAGCAGGUACAGGAGCCCCUACGGCGCCCUCAAGCCCUUCCCAGACAAGCGGGCACCGGGGAAGACGCCGUUUGACAGACCCACCAUGGUGGAGGUACCGCCUACGGCGAUUCAGUAUCCCCAGCCUUUCAGCUACUACCAUUAUCACCAGCACCGAGGACAUCCCGAUCACCCGCAGCCUGUCGAGCGUCGCCAACCGCAGGGGCGUCCGCACCACGGCUCGGCCGCAUCAGCGUCGCGUCCAGCGGGUCAUCACGACCCCAGGCACCCGGCAGGUAGCGCCGCAGUAUGGCAAGAGUCCACGGACGGCCACCGAGGGCUAAGUGCAGAGAACCAGCUCAUCCUGGACGCCUUUGCACAGCAAUGCAGUCGAGUGCUCAGUCUCCUGAACCACAACAGCAAGUUCCUGGAACCACGCCCUCCAUUUCCUCCACCUGCGACGUCCUACAUCAAGCAGGAAGACGGCUGGAACACAGGGGUGGAGAGGCCCGCGGACCCCUGCCAGCCGGGGAGGAUGGGGCUGAGGGAUGUGAAAGGCACCGGGGUGGGACAGGAGGCGGAGGCUCUGCAUUUCAGCAGGAAGCAGCAGCAGAUAUACACCUUCCUGCAGGCCUUCACAGAGUCCCUGCAGAGCCACCUUACAGCAGGUGGCGCCAGCUUUCCUAAGGUCUACAGGGAAUGCUGCCGCCCCUCCGACCCCCAGGCCCUCUCCAUCUCCCCCCCUCACACCCUGGGGGGCUGGGCUUCCCCUUCACCCUCCGAAUCUCAUGGACACCCCUCAUCCACCCUCCCUGAAGAAGAGGAAGAUGAAGAAGCCUGCUGCCCUCGCUGCCUGGAGCUAGAGCAGGAGGUGCUAUGUCUGCAACAGGAAAAUGAGGAACUGAAGAGAAAACUGGACAGUGCACCAGUUCCAUGCCAAACAGUUCUUGAUUUCUUCAAGAGUGUCCUACAGUCCCAUAAUCAGUUUAAACACCUGGCACCCCCAGAGGAUCAACUGACAGAGGGCAGCAAGCAGCUCUUGGGGAACUACCCGGUCUUCAUCACCAGCAAGCAGUGGGACGAGGCCGUCAACUCCUCCAAGAAGGAUGGGCGCCGGCUGCUGCGCUACCUGAUCCGCUUCGUCUUCACCACCGACGAGCUGAAGUACUCGUGCGGCCUGGGCAAGCGCAAGCGCUCGGUGCACACGGGUGAGGCCGGGCCCGAGAGGCGGCCGCUCAACCCCGUCAAAGUGACCUGCCUGCGAGAGUUCAUCCGAAUGCACUGUGCCUCGAACCUGGACUGGUGGAUGCCGUCAGAGGAGCAGAUCAACAAGGUGUUCAGCGACGCGGUGGGGCACGCCCGGCAGGGUCGGGCGGUGGGCACCUUCCUGGGCAGCAGUGGCGGGGUGGGCAGCACCGAGAGCGGUGGCACCUAUUUGGAGAGCGCAGAUGGACACCUGACACAAGACGAGCCCUACAUCCACGGGGCAUCUGAUGGGGAAUGAGGGCCGCCAGACGUUCCAGAGGAUGCUUAUUGUCAGUGUAUAUCUUUUGGUGUCACCCAGGUUUUAAUGUUUUUAAGCCCCCCCCCCCCCCCCCCCCAGGUAUUAAAUUAUGGACUUUUAGUCUGGAUUCCUGGGAAAACACCCAGGUUCAAAAUGGUUGAGGAGAUCUUUGAUGCUGAAGGUGGAAGGGGUGUUUGAGUGCUGUGGUGCACGUUUUGGAGUAUAGAAGAACGUUAUUGGCCAAAUCACAGAAGUGCUUCAGGGUUACUGGGCGGUAGAGGACAGUCGGACCCUGAGGAGCUCUUAUCCUAAUCAGACGUCCCUCCAAGUCUCUGUAGCAUCAACAUUUUCCACUUACUGCUGGGACCAUGACAGUCAAGGUUUCCAGACAUACAAAGACAAACAUGUCAAGCACAGAGGGGGUCACAUGCCCAUUUCCUAAAGAAAAAUAUUUAAGAAAAGCAACUGUAGAAUCCAUUGCCAGGGAAAGGUCAGUUAAUGAAGCUUUCCAGUUAAUCCACCGUCAUGACUGAAGAUUACAAGGAUCCUUACCUGUAAGUACGUAAAUUGAAUUGCCUUUAAUAAAUAAUAGGGUUUUUUGGAGAAAAAAAAACACUUGUGGUAACUUUUAUAUCAUUUGCAUCAAAGCAUCUAGGUAAAUGAAGUAAGGGGUAGACUGUUCUGUUGCAAAUGAAUGGCAACACGAUAGGCAGCUAUUAGUGAAAAUGUAUUUGCCAUGGAAAGAGAAACCUAACCUUCAUUAAUAACCAUAUUUCAUUCUUUUUUUGCAUCAUGACUGUGAUAUCUGCUCUGAGGCUUUCUAGAGCUUCAGAUCCCACUCAAUUCUUUAUCAUUAAGAUUUUCAUCAAAUGAGGGAAUUACUUUGUCUGUCAACAGUCAUUUAAUGACAUAUGUUGACAUUUUGACUCUUGCCUUGCUAGCUGUAUUUCUGACUGUUACCUUAAGAAUUAGCUAUGGCCUCACACCCAGGAAGGGGCCAUAGGACAGCAGUGGUUCUCAAACUAUGGUGCCCUCUGGUGGUCCGUGUAAGGUCUCAGUGUAUUUAAGCAUCGAUGAUAAUGGUGGUGUGGAGCCAGUGAGUGUUCUAGCUUGUAUGGUGCCCUGGACAAACCCCCCCCCCCUCCCACUAACAGAAAAAUGUGUGUUUAUCUUCUGACCCCCCCUCUCAAAAAAAAAACACUAUUCAGCAUUAACUGUAAUUAUUAUUAUUAUUAUUAUUAUUAUUAUUAUUAUUUAUUAAUAAGAAAUUUUGAACGGUACAAAUACUGGUCAAACUAAAACUGAUAUUACUAAUUGCAUUAGAGAUGCGCUGUUUGAUAGAUUCCCCCCGUGCCCCUACCUCGGGGAUCCAGUGGGGCGACCUGAGGUCAACUCGCCCGCUUCCCUAUCUCAUAUUUCUCAGUGAUAGCCUGCCUAGCUCACAAACUAGAAUCAGGGAGCCCACUCCAGCAAGCUUAAUUUACCCACACGGUGAUGUGAUGUGACUGACAUGAUGUGCAAGUGAAUGAUAGCACUCCUUCAAACCCCCCCCCUCCCCCCCAACGCUGAGGUGAAAAAAGUUAGAGAACCACUGCCAUGCCAUGCAGCAUUUUUAUAUUAUCAAGGUACACAUAACUAUUUUUUGUCAACUCUAACGUAGUUUACAUUUUAUAAAAAUGAUCUUGGCUUCUUUAUCUUUCCUCAGACCUAGUUGUUUCUUGAAGGACAAGCCUCACGUGUCCGGUCGCCAUGGGUUCGGGAUAUUUCUAGAAUGUCGACAAGGUCACUUUAUCACUGUAAGCUAUGUGGUUGACUGUGGUGAGGAUAGUAUUGCCUUACAGUGAAACAUUCCUGCACCCUCAUUAACUGUGAGUUUCAGACUCUGAGAAGGAGAUUUCCUUCUGGGCUGUUACAGUCAUCUACCAUUCUGCCUUUUUAGGAGAAAUUUAAUUGCCUUUGUUUUUGAAUUCUUAGAUCUGAAUUAUUUUUAUAUAUAUAUAUAUAUAUAUAUAUAUAUGUAUUUUAACCGAAUGGUUUCCCCUUUACUUGAAGCCUUUGAAAACAAAAAUGAAAAUGAUGUUUAGCAAACUUUCUAUGAUUGUUGUGUUUGUACUGGAUGUGGGCCAAUGUUUCCUCAAACUCUUUGCCCAAAGGGUAAAACUGCCAUGGUAACUUGGGCCCAAUAUUAUUGUGAUGCUUUCUAUUUACCAUGUUUGUGAAUAUGUAUUGUUAUUUAAACCAAGAUUUUAUAUUGCAGCUGACUGUUCGUGUAAACACUGUGAAGUUAUUCAAUUGGUUUUGAAUUUUUUGUUGAAUUUGUAUUUGUUUUUUAGAAGUACUUGAAAAUAAUUUAAUUACAUGAUUCACCCUGCUGAAACUGAGUCCUUUAAUGACUGUCAUUAAUAAAUCAUGACACUGUUGUGGCCAAUCAAAAAAUUUGCACAUCAUGUAUAUUAAUGCACAGUUUCCAAAACUGAGAUGCAAUU